CAGACAUGUUUUUUAUCGGAAAAGUUUAACACUGGACCGAUUUAACAAGUCCAUAUUAACUGCUGGAAUCACAUGCUCAGGACACAACCCGAACUGAAUCGAGUUUUAAUUUUUGUAGCCGAACAAACCCAUUUAUCGGAACCAAAUUGCUAAGUUUGUAAUGAAUUGAGUGAAUUUGAUUGGAUUAUAGGAGUUUGUCCUUAUAGAGAACACCUCUAAUUUAGCGUUUUGUAGUGUCUAUGUUGGUUGUUUUAUUCCCCACUGGGAAGUGGUUUAUUUUGAAUAGGAUAGACAGAAAAACAGUAAUUUGAUAUGAAUGGGAUGGAAACCGGAAAGGGAACCCUCAAAGCUGUGGCUCUCAUCGUUGGAGAUAACAACAUUAGAGGUUCUCUUCACUUUGUUCACCACCCCAAUGGGACCACCCAUGUAACAGGAAAAAUAGCAGGCUUGUCCCCAGGCCUUCAUGCCUUCCAUAUUCAUGCUUUUGGGGACACCACCAAUGGAUGCAACUCCACUGGUCCUCACUUCAAUCCACUCAAGAAGGAUCAUGGGGCUCCUUAUGAUGAUGAGCGUCAUGCUGGUGAUUUGGGCAACAUUGUUGCAGGCCCUGAUGGAGUUGCUGAGAUAUCCAUUAGAGAUAGACUGAUUCCACUUAGUGGACUUCACUCCAUAAUUGGGAGGGCUGUUGUUGUGCAUGCUGAUCCUGAUGAUCUUGGAAGGGGUGGGCAUGAGCUCAGCAAGACUACUGGAAAUGCAGGUGCAAGAGUAGCAUGCGGUAUCAUUGGGCUUCAGUCAUCUGUUUAGGAUAGUUUGCCUACAGAUAAUAUAUUCAGAGAUGGUGUAUCCAAUUUCAUUUAAUUUCUGUAUGAAAUUACAAUCAUGAUGUAACUACUGUAUAGCAACUCUUAUGACAAGCUGAAGUUCUACUACAUUGUUACUCGGUUUCCUUGCCCUCUAGUAUGCGAGGACUGGGCUGAAGUUGAUAUACCAUCUAUAUAAGCCAUAAAUGCAAUAAAAGAUU